AUGAAAAAAUGCAGUGCGACGACGAAGCGUUCGGCGGUCAGCGAUCAACAGUUGGCGACGGCCUCCUGCUGCCAACCAACACCACCGCCUCCAACGAAGCUCCGACGCAUCUCUGCCGCGACUUCCGCGUCUUCCGCGUCUUCCGCCGCAACCCCAAUAAUUAUGGCCGCACCGCAAGUGUUGCCGCAAAUUGUGGCAGCAGGCGGCGCGCCACAAACUGCGGGUGGUGAUUUUGAGGUGGCGCAGAAUGUCGCCACCGGAUUUCAUCACCAUCAUCAUCAUCAUCAUGUUGUUAAGGUUCGGGUGUGUGAAAAUUGCCACGUUGAUUCUAUGGGGGAAGAAAUUCUGGCAUUCCUCAUAUUAGUCUGAAAUUUUAGAAUCCGAACUUUGAGCUUAACAUGAGCAAUGACUAAUUUUUGGGAUUUUAAUUUCAGAAUUGUUAGCUCUAUUGAUUUUUUUAAAUGCUAAUAUGAGCAAUUCCAAAUUAUCCAAAUAAAUAAGUGUUAUUGCCACGUGGAUUCUCAAGGGAAAGAAAUGUGGGCAUUGGUCUAACAUGAGCAAUACCUAAUUUUGGGAACUUUUAAUUGAAGAAAUGUUUUGGUUUAUUGAUUUUUUUUAGUUAACAUGAGCAAUCCCAAAUUGAUUUUAAUAAAUAAGUGAAAAUUGCCACGUGGAUUCUAUAGGGGGAAAAAAAUUGCUCACAUUAGUCUAAAAUUUCAGAACUUGAAAUUUUUGAGACUAACAUGAGCAAUGCCUAAUUUUUGGGAUUUUUAAUUGGAGAAUUGUUGGCUCUAUUGAUAUUUUUAGCAAUUCCAAAUUUUGUUUAAAUAAAUAAUUAAAAAUGUCACGUGGAUGCAUUGCUCAUAUUAAUCUGCGAUUUGAAAUUUUUGAGAUCAACAUGAGCAAUGCCUAUUUUCAAAAUUGAGUAUUCAGGCUAAUAUGAGCAAUUCUUCAUUUUGUUUAAAUAAAUCAUUGAAAAUUCCAGGUGGAUUCUAGGCUAAAAAAUUCCACUUGAAUUUUCGAUCCAAAAAAAAUCGAUAAAAAUAGUAACCCCCCUUUCUCUAAAAAAAAUCCCCAAUUUUUCAUGUUCCAGAGCAUCCAGAAUGGCUCGGUGUCGAAUUUCGAAGUCACAGCCGCCGGCACUCAACAACAACCCAACUCGGUGCUUCGUGUCAUCAUCGAAAAUAUGAUCUUUCCGGUUUCGCUGGAUGUUUUGCAUCAACUUUUUGCGCGAUUCGGAAAAGUCUUGAGGAUUAUCACUUUCAAUAAGAAUAGUGAGUAUUUUUUUCGAUGAAAAAUAAUUUUCUAGUAAAUUUUGACCGUUGCCAGAAAUUAGUUAGCUUAACUCUGAAGUGAUUUAUGACGUGGCAAGCUUCAAAAAUGAUUUUUUUGGAAAUUCAAGAGAUUUUCCAGAAAUCUAUGGAUUCUCAAUGGAGCGCAUUUGCUUUUUUUGUUUGAAAUUCGAAUUUUCACAGUUCGCAUUGGUUCUAAAAAUUUGGAAUUUCUGAAAAUCCUCCAAUUUCUCAUUAGAGCGCAUUUGCUCAAUUUUCCUGUGAAAAUUUGAAUUUUUUAAGUUCCAUGUGUGAAUUUUCACAGUUCGCAUUGGUUUGAAAAUUCGAAAUAUUUCAAAAUCCUCCAAAUUCUCAAUAGAGCGCGUUUGCUUAAUUUUUCCCAAAAACUUGAAUUUUUCAAGUUUCCGGGGUCCAUUUUGAAAAAAAAUUUGAAAAUUCACUUUGCCACGUCAUAGCUCUCUUCAGAGUUGAGCUAACUAAUUUUUGACACCGGGAUCGUGUUCAGCAGGUGAAAAUCUACUAGAAAAUGUGUUUCAGGUGCCCAAAAAAGUGGGCCAUUUUUUUGGGACCUGGGCCGAUUUCAGGCUUUCUAAAAAUCUCUAAAAUCUUCCCUAGCCCCUUGAAAUUCUGAAAAAAUUCCAGACACCUUCCAAGCGCUCAUCCAAAUGUCCGAAUCCACGUCAGCACAAGUCGCCAAGCAAAGUCUCGAAAAUCAGAACGUCUACAACGGUUGCUGCACUCUCCGCAUUGACUACAGUAAACUCGGCACUCUCAACGUCAAAUACAACAACGACAAGAGUCGCGACUACACAAAUCCGAAUUUGCCGGCCGGCGAAAUGACUUUGGAGCAACAGCUGGCUCUCGGAAUCCCGGGACUUCAGAAUUUGCUGCCGACUGCGAGCCCAUAUAAUUUUGCGUUCGGCGCAAAUCCGGCUACCACUUUUUUGCAACCACAUAUGGCUGCGGCGACGGCGGCUGCAGCUGCGGCAGGUUUGUGAGAAGCCCGGGAAAAUUUGGGGCAUUUUGAUACCAAAUAGGACUGGGUUACUGUAGAUCGAUUUUGGUAGUUUCAGAUUUUGAAAAAAAAAUUUGAAAAAGAUUUCUUUUCUUUUUUUUUUUAAUAAAAUUCCACCUGGCACUUCCAGAGUUACAGUAACUCCAAGAUUCUGAAAAUUUGAGUUAGCCAAACUCAAAAGCCACGUGGAUUUUCGUACAGUUUCUUCGGACAUUUUUUGUGUAAAAAAUUCUCAUUAAAAAUUUUUGGUUUAUCAAAAAAUGAUGAAAAAACCAAAAACAAAACAUUUUUUGGCUUUUUUUGUGUAAAAUGAUGAAAUUUUUGUGUUUUGUGGGAAAAUUGAGAAGUUUUGGAAAUGUAGGGGUCAAAAAUCCACGUGGCAACAUUUUUUGAAAAAAAUUCGAAUCCUGAAGUUUUCCCUGGAAUUUUUUGGAUUCGAAAAUUGGUUUCUCGGAAAUUUCAGAUUUUCAAAAACAUUUUUGAAAAAAGCCACGUGGAUUAUUUUCCUGAAAAAUUAAAUUUUAAAAUCAAUUUACAAACUUAAAAAUUCAGAAGUUCUUCUGAAAAUUUGUAGUACAAAAAAAAUUAAAAAUCAAACAAAAAAUGUCCCCGAAAAUGUACGUUUCAAAAAUAUUUUAUUCAAAUUUUUCAACAUUUUCUAAAUUAUUAUUUCACGUGAGGUCUUUCACUACCGAAUCAAUGUAAAAUUGUAAUCGAGCAAAAAAAAAAUUUUGUUUGAUUUUGAAUUUUUUGACUACAAAUUUUCAGAAGAAAUUCUGAAGUAAAUUGAUUUUAAAAUUUAAUUUUCCAGGAAAAUAUUCCACGUGUCUUUUUUUCAAAAUCUUUUUGAGACAUUCAGAAUUUUUUUGUUGAAAAUCUGAAAUUUCCGAGAAACCAAUUUUUGAAGCCAAAAAAUUCCCGGGAAAACUUUAGGUGUCAAAAUUGAGCUUCAGAACUUUUUCUGAAAAUUUGUAGUCCAAAAAAAAUUGAAAAUCAAACAAAAAAUGUCCCCGAAAAUGUACGUUUCAAAAAAUAUUUUAUUCAAAAUUUUCAACAUUUUCUAAAUUAUGAUUUGUCUUGAGUACUUUCACUACCGAAUCAAUGUAAUAUUGUAAUCGAGCAAAAAAAUUUAUUGUUUGAUUUUGAAUUUUUUUGACUACAAAUUUUCAGAAGAAAUUCUGAAGUAAAUUGAUUUUAAAAUUUAAUUUUCCAGGAAAAUAUUCUACGUGUCUUUUUUUCAAAAUCUUUUUGAGAAAUUCAGAAUUUUUUGUUGAAAAUCUGAAAUUUCCGAGAAACCAAUUUUUGAAUCCAAAUAAUUCCCGGGAAAACUUCAGGUGUCAAAAUUGAGCUUCAGAACUUUUUCUGAAAAUUUGUAGUCCAAAAAAAAUUCGAAAUCAAACAAAAAAUUUCCCCGAAAAUGUACGUUUCAAAAAAUAUUUUAUUCACAUUUUUCAACAUUUUCUAAAUUAUUAUUUCUCUUGAGUACUUUCACUACCGAAUCAAUGUAAAAUUGUAAUCGAGCAAAAAAUUCAGAAAAAGUUCUGAAGCUCAUAUUUGACACCUGAAGUUUUCCCGGAAAUUAUUAGAAUUAAAAAAUUGGUUUCGGAAAUUUCAGAUUUUCAACAAGAAAAUUCUGAAUUUCUCAAAAACUGUUUGAAAAAAAGCCACGUGGAUUUUUUCCUGAAAAAUUAAAUUUUAAAGUAAAUUUACAAACUUGAAAAUUCAGAACUUUUUCUGAAAAUUUGUAGUCCAAAAAAAAUUCGAAAUCAAAGAAAAAAUUUCCCCGAAAAUGUACGUUUCAAAAAUAUUUUAUUCAAAUUUUUCAACAUUUUCUAAAUUAUUAUUUCUCUUGAGUACUUUCACUACCGAAUCAAUGUAAAAUUGUAAUCGAGCAAAAAAAUUUUUUGUUUGAUUUUAAAUUUUUUUGACUACAAAUUUUCAGAAGAAAUUCUGAAGUAAAUUGAUUUUAAAAUUUAAUUUUCCAGGAAAAUAUUCCACGUGUCUUCAAAAUCUUUUUGAGAAAUUCAGAAUUUUUUUUGUUGAAAAUCUGAAAUUUCCGAGAAACCAAUUUUUGAAUCCAAAAAAUUUCCGGGAAAACUUCAGGUGUCAAAAUUGAGCUUCAGAACUUUUUCUGAAACUUUGUAGUCCAAAAAAAAUUGAAAAUCAAACAAAAAAUGUCCCCGAAAAUGUACGUUUCAAAAAUAUUUUAUUCGAAAUUUUCAACAUUUUCUAAAUUAUGAUUUGUCUUGAGUACUUUCACUACCGAAUCAAUGUAAAAUUGUAAUCGAGCAAAAAAAUUUUUUGUUUGAUUUUGAAUUUUUUUGACUACAUAUUUUCAGAAGAAAUUCUGAAGUAAAUUGAUUUUGAAAUUUAAUUUUCCAGGAAAAUAUUCCACGUGUCUUUUUUUCAAAAUCUUUGAGAAAUUCAGAAUUUUUUUUUGUUGAAAAUCUGAAAUUUCCGAGAAACCAAUUUUUGAAUCCAAAAAAUUCCCGGGAAAACUUCAGGUGUCAAAAUUGAGCUUCAGAACUUUUUCUGAAAAUUUGUGUCCAAAAAAAAAUUCAAAAUCAAACAAAAAAUGUCCCCGAAAAUGUACGUUUCACAAAUAUUUUAUUCAAAUUUUUCAACAUUUUCUAAAUUAUGAUUUCACGUGAGGUCUUUCACUACCGAGUCAAUGUAAAAUUGUGAUCGAGCAAAAAAAUUUAUUGUUUGAUUUUGAAUUUUUUUGACUACAAAUUUUCAGAAGAAAUUCUGAAGUAAAUUGAUUUUAAAAUUUAAUUUUCCAGGAAAAUAUUCUACGUGUCUUUUUUUCAAAAUCUUUGAGAAAUUCAGAAUUUUUUUUGUUGAAAAUCUGAAAUUUCCGAGAAACCAAUUUUUGAAUCCAAAAAAUUCCCGGGAAAACUUCAGGUGUCAAAAUUGAGCUUCAGAACUUUUUCUGAAAAUUUGUGUCCAAAAAAAAAUUCAAAAUCAAACAAAAAAUGUCCCCAAAAAUUUACGUUUCAAAAAUAUUUUAUUCAAAUUUUUCAACGUUUUCCAAUUGGUUUUAUUCAAGAAAAAUUGAAAAAAAAAUCAAAGAAAAUUCGUCCAGAUUCAAAAAUCUCAAACUUUUCCAGACUCAGCCAAUGUGCUGGCUCCAUAUCUGCCAGCUGCUCUCGGCCUCACCACAAAUCCACUCUCACCGGCUCUUUCAACUCUUCGUUUUCCAGUCAAUAUGCUCUCGAUUACUCCAGUGAUUCUAGUCUCCAAUUUGAAUGAUAAUGUGAGUUUUUUUUUGAGAUGUUCCUUUAAAUUUUGGGUACUGUAGAGCAACUUUGCCACGUGAUCAUCAAGAUUCUGUUCUCAGAAAUAAGUUAGCUCAAGUCUGAAGAGAGUUAUGAUGUGGCAAAAAAUUCUCAACAGAGCGCAUUUGCUCAUUUUCCAUCGAAAAAUUUGAAUUUUCAAUUUCCGGAAACUUUGCCUUAGCAAACGCGCUCCAUUGAGAAAAUCCUCGAAAUUCUCAAUAGAGCGCAUUUGCUGAUUUUUCAACUUUGCCACGUCAUAACUCUCUUCAGAGUUGAGCUAAGUAGAUUCUAUCAACAGGAUCUUCCUGAUCAGCAAAAUCUACAGUACCACUCGGAUUAAAAGGCACAUAAAGUUCUACUACGCAUCCAAACCCUCCUGAAAUAUAUGUACUAUCGCCUCCUUUUUUCUCUGUUUCUCUGUUCUCUCUCUCUCUCUCUCUCUCUCUCUGAUCUAUCCUUUUUUUGAUUUUUUCAGAAAGUCACCACAGACGCGCUCUUCACACUUUUCGGUAUGUUUUUCGUUUCACUCUACUACCUACUACUACUUUUUCCGAAUUUUUCCAACUUUUAAAAACCCCUUUUUCAAAUUCCCGCCACCACAAUUUUGAUUUUUUGAACCUGAAAUCAAUCGAUAAUCCGAGUUUUCCAGGCGUUUACGGUGACGUGAUACGCGUCAAAAUACUGUACAACAAGAAGGACAACGCGUUGAUACAGUACGCCGAACCGCAACAGGCGCAACUUGCGCUAAGUCAUUUGGACAAGGUGAAGUGGCAUGAUCGGGUGAUUCGAGUGGCGCCGUCGAAACACACCAAUGUUCAGAUGCCUAAAGAAGGUGAGUCGGGGAUUUUGGGAGCAGGAAAAUCCACGUGGCAUGUGAUUUUCUGGCCAAAAUUUGCCACGUGGCACGUGAUUUUUGAAUUUGAAAUUUUUCCUGGCUGAAAAACUUCCACCUUGUGAAAUUAUUUUAGGCUUUCAAUUCGGAGUAGAAACAAAUUUCUAGCUCACGAGAAUCCACGUGUUUUUGGUUUUCAUUGCCACGUGGCACGAUUUUUUGAAUUUACUUGAACUUGGAAAAAAAAUUUGAAUAAAUUUUUCAGAAAAAUUUAUUUCAGAAAAUUAAAUUGCCACGUGGCAUCUGUUUUUCCAAAUUUCUUAAAUUUUUGACAGUUUUUUGAGCCAAAAAUCCACGUGGCACUUUAUUUUUGAAAAUCAAAUUUUUCCCAUUUUUUUCAAGUUAUCCUAAUUCCCAAAAUCUAGUCUGAAAAUUUUCAGCCAAGGAUUUUUUUGAACUGAAAUCCACGUGGCCAAAAUGUUCCGAAAAAUUUUCAAAACUGAAUUUUCCGGCACAAUUUUUUUUGAAAAUCAAUUUUUCCCAUUUUUUAAAAAGUUUACCUAAUUGCCACGUGGCAUUUCCAAAAGUUCUAGAUUUUUCCCAAAUUUGAAUCCAAAAUUUUCCAGGUCAACCCGACGCCGGUCUAACCCGCGACUAUGCUCAUUCCUCGCUGCACCGCUUCAAAAAACCGGGCUCCAAAAACUACAUGAACAUCUAUCCGCCCUGCUCAACACUUCAUUUAUCCAAUAUUCCGACGUCGGUCAGCGAGGAUAAAUUGAAGGAGUUCUUCAAAGAAGCCGGAUAUAAUGUGAAGGCUUUCAAGUUUUUCCCGUGAGUUUUUUUUUUGGACAAUUUUGAGCUGCUGAUCAUUUUCCAGUUUUCAGAAUUCAGUUAGCCUAACUCUGAAGAGAGUUAUGACGUGGCAAAGAUUUGAAAAAUUCAAUUUUUGACACGAAAAUUAGCAAAUGCGCUCCAUUGAGAAAUUGGGAAUUAUUGAGAAAUUCAAAAAAUCUUCAAAACCUCAGAAUUCUCAGUGGAGCGCAUUUGCUAAUUUUUCUGUAUAAUUAUCGAUUUUUCUUUAUCUUUUACUAUUUUCCAUAAUUUUCGAAUCACUUUGAAAAUUCAAAAAAUAUUCAAAACCUCAGAAUUCUCAAUAGAGCGCAUUUGCUAAAUUUUCUAUUAGAAAUUAAAUUUUUUAACUUUGCCACGUCAUAACUCUCUUCAGAGUUGCGAUAAGUAGGUCAAAAUCCUCUAGAAAAAAAUUUUUCCACCCUAAAAAUCCCAUGUACCUUUAAUUUCACUAAAAUUUUGUAGAAAAGACCAUAAAAUGGCACUUUGCCAACUGGAAGACAUCGAAACCGCCAUCGACGCGUUGAUCAAAAUGCACAAUCACAAAUUGGCUGAAAAUGCACAUUUACGAGUUUCCUUCUCAAAGUCUGGAAUCUGA